AUGCUCGGGCGCGAGGGCGGCGGCCUGAGCCUCGGCGUCAUGUCGCCGCUCGUAUCGCGGCAGCAGGCCCUGCUCGUGCGCGACGGCGCCGGCGGCCUGCGCGUCAUCUCGCGCGGCCGCGUCAAUCCGACUUGCCUUAUCCGCAGCGGCACCGUCCUGCGGCUCGCGCAGGGCGAGUCCGCCGAGGUCUCGCCCGGCGACGCGAUCGUGCUGCGGGGCGACCGCGUCUUGCGCGAGGGCGCGGGCCGCCUCGUCAGCGACGACGAGGCGUUCACGCUCGUCGACGAAGAAGCCCCAGAUAUGGACCUGGCGGCGGCGCUCAGCGAGAUCGCGCGGCUCCGGGCCGAGCUCGACGCCGCGCGCGGCGCGCCGGCGACGCCGGCGGCCGCGGAACCGACGGACGCCGAAGCGGCGCCGGCGGCCGCGCCGAGCCCCAUGGAGGAGGAGGCGACGCCGGCGGCCGCGGAACCGACGGAUGCCGAGGCGGCGCCGGCGGCCGCGCUGAGCCCCAUGGAAGAGGAGGCGACGCCGGCGGCCGCGGAACCGACGGACGCCGAGGCGGCGCCGGCGGCCGCGCCGAGCCCCAUGGAGGAGGAGGAGGAGGUCGAGCGCCCGAUGGACUCGCAGGGCACGGUGGCGGCGGCCGCCGCGCCGAGCCCCAUGGAGGAGGAAAUCGAGCGCCCGCUGGACUCGCAGGGCACGGUGGCGGCGGCCCCGGCGGCGGCGGAAGCGCCCCUCGCGGUCGACGCGGUCGACGCGCUGCGCCUGACGAAGGGCCUCGAGGUCGCGUCGCUGACCUACACCGAGGACGGCAAGCGCCUCGCGGUGCGCUGGCGCGGCGGCGGCGCGACGUGCGUCGAAGUCGUCGGACGCGCCUGGGCGAUCCGCGACGUCGGCGCCACGAGCGACGAGGCCCGCGUCGCCCGGGCGUUGGGCCUCGCCGGCGCCUUGUCCAAGGCGUCGGCCGCGCCGCGCGCGGGCGUCGACGCCGCCGUCGCGGCGUUCCUGGACGCGGGCUCGCCGCGCGCGCCCGAGGCCGCGGAGGAGGAGGACGACGACGACUCUGUCGGCGACUUUGACGACGACCCCUGCGCCACGUCCGCGCUCGUCGCGGAGGAACUCGAAUCUGAGACCGAGGACUCGCCCUAUGAGGCGAGCGGCGACGAGGAGGGCGGCGACGACCAGCGGAGCUCCGCGGCGCCAAAGGCCGAGACGCGGGGGGCCAAAUUCGUCAAGCGGCUCCUCGUCGGCGCGGCGACGAAACGCGCGUCCGUGUCGUCCGUGCGCUGGGACGGCGAUUCCCUGAGCGGCGUCGUCUCCCGCGGCGCCAGGCAGGUCAUCGUGACCUUGGAGGUCCGCGCGGCCGGCGACGCCGUCGUCCUGCGGGCGUCGUGCCGCGGCACCAAGGGCCGCGCGAGCUGGGGUGCGGGCGUCGGGCUCGCGGACUCGAUCCCCGCGCUGCAGCUGCUCCGCGUCGCCGCCAAAACGCCCGACGACGUCGCUCGCGUGCAGGACGUCGCCGCGGACGCCGCCAAGCUCGCGCCCCAGGCCGUCGCCGACGUGCUCCUCCACGCCGUCGCGACGGCCGCCGCGGGGACGACGUCGGCCUACGAGUGCCUCAAGGCGGCGAUCUCGACCGCGGCGCCCGCGACCGCGUCCCUGCUCGUGGACGCGGCCGCCGUCGAGAAGCUCGCGCUACCGGCCGCGAUCGCCUCGGUCGUGCGCACCGAGCAGCAACCGAAACCCGCGCCUCCCAAGAAGGUGGUCUGCUUCAAGCUCGCGUCGCCCGUGUUCUACGACGCGGCGCGCGGCGUCGUCUUCGGGCGCGUCGUGCGGAAGCCCGGCGAGACCGGCGAGUCGUACUUGAGCAGCACCGACGUCGCCUUCGCGGCCGCACGCGACGGCGAGGGCGUGCGCCUCGACCCGACCCGGUCUUGGAGCGAAGACGACUCUGAGUGGAACCAGCCCCUCCUGACGCCGGCGGCCCUCGCGUUCUCCAAACUCGCGACGGAGGCCGUCGAAAUAGACGCGCUGCGGAGCGGGCUCUUGGCUCUACCCGACGUCCGAGCCGCCGCGAUUGACCUCGCUUUCUCGCCGGCGACAAGCGGUUCGGGCCUCGACAAGGCGCUACCGCGCCUCCUCGCCGAGGCGACGAGCGCGGCCGCGUCGCCUGGGUCUUCCUACGUCCGCGACCUCGACGCGGUCGUCAUCGACGCGACGGCGCCCAACGACGAUCCGGCGAUCGUCGCGCAGGAGGAGCGCGCAGCGAAGACGGUCGCGGCGCACUUUCAGGUCGCCGAGGAGAAGUUCCACGAGAAGGAGCGGGAGGUGAAGUACACUCGCGAGAACUGGGUCAACGGCGAGGACUGCGGCUGCGAACCAGAGCCGUACGGUCGCGGCGAGUGCCCUUGCGGUGACUGGGAUUGUUAUGGGGACUGUGAAAACGAGCGAGAGAUCGAAUGCAAUUGCGCGGUGGAUGAGAAUCCAAUGCCCGACGCGGUCGAGUUCGUCGGUGAGCGGCUUGAGGAGACGGUUGGCGUGCUCCUGGAGCGCGCCGAAUCUCUUCCGGCGAACGUGCGCGAGGCGCUGCUCGUGGGCGUCGCGGGCGGCCUGGUCGAGGCUCACGUCCGAUAUCGGCGCACGAAGAUCAUCAAACCGGCCGGUAAGCCCGUCAAGGUCGGUCCUGGGACCUGGACCUGCCCCAGGGCCGUCACGGACCAGUCCCCAAUCGCGCGUGCGCUCGACGAUGAGACCGACAUUCGGCUCAACGAAUUGACCGAUCGGGCCGCGGAGCUGGCCAAGGCGGGUCGGCCAAGCCUCUUCGCGAAACUCUUGCCGCUCCGCGAGACGGUCGCGUUUCCUGCCGAUGACUUGGUCGAGGCGAUGGCGGCGCCGGAGUCGAAGCCGGUGCUCCUCGCCGCGGUGAACGCUGCGGCCGCGAAGCUCGCCGCGCGCCUGACGCGGCUGCGGCUCACCGACGACGUUGAACCCGUCCGGUCGAACAUCCGCGAGCUCCUGGCGCGGGGCUGGCUCGACGAGUGGGCGACCGUGGCCGGCGUCUGCGCGCUGGACGGCGCGGAGAAGCUGUCGCACUGCAUGGACUACGUCGACUUCGCGCUCGAGGUCGCGCACCACGAAGCGGCGCCCGACGACGCGCUCCCCGCGGUGCGCAAGGCGGCCAUCGCGGCCGUCGAGGCGUGGCUGACGCGGGCGUCGCCGCCGUCCGCCGGGACCCUCGACCGCGCCGCGGCGACGCUGCGGGCGAUCGCCGCGGAGGACGCCGGCGCCGGCGCCGCGGCGGCGGCGAAGCGGGGGCUCGACGCGGUCGCCGAGGCCAAGCUCUGGGACCGGUGGCCGGUCGUGGCCCGCGUCGCUCUCGAGCUCGACCGCGGCGCGGAGACCGUCGCCGCCGCGACGCGCGGCGCCGCCGCGCUCCUCGCCCACGACGUCAAAGCUGGCGCGGCGGCCGUCCGCGCGGGCAUCGCCGACGGCUGGCUGCCGGCGGACCGAUGUCUCGCGGUCGAGGCGUUUUCGAGUUGCGCGGGGCCGAAAGCGCCGUCUUUGCGCGGCGCGCUCUUCGACUUGGCGCUCGACGAGGUGACGCGGCGCGGUGUGGCCGCUUCGCUCUGCAACUCCGUGCUUGACGCGAUCGCAGCCCAGCCGCUCGGCGGGGUCCUCGCGGGCGCGCCAGAGACGUUCGUCGAUUGCGUCGCGGUCCUCCGCCCGGACCUCGCGGUGGCCCUGUGUCUCGCGUCGCUCGACGGUGUCCGUGCCCGGAAGCGCGCGGCCCGUGUGCUCAUCGCGCACGGCUCGGACGACGCGCUGCUGGCCUUUGUGCGAGACGAAGUCGCGCGUCCUCAGGGGGCCAUGGUGUCCUUCGUUGUCGAGGCUGCCGACGUUGGCAUCAGCUUCACGAACGAGUCCGGGUCCACGUACCGGUACUCGUCGUACGGCUCCAGCGAAAAGGGCCUCAAGGUCACUACCGCGACUGCCCGCGACGCGACCGCGGCCGGCGUCUGCUCCGGCAUGCGCGUCGUUAGCAUUGGCGGCGACGACUUCGCGGGCCUCAAGACCGAGGAUGCUCGGGCGAAGCUCAAGGCGGCUCCUCGACCGAUGGAGCUCGUGUUGUCGUGGCCAUCGCAGAGUCCUUCGUCGCUUAGCUCCUCGUUUACGCAUGGAUUUACUCGCGCGGAUGCGGAGUUCGACAAAGCUUUCCGGGCGCACUACGAGCGCCUCCAGCGCGAAUACCGCAAGCAGAUCCCCGACAUACGGUGGUUGCAUGCGAUGCUCGUGGCGAGCGGCCGGCGCUGCGGCGAGGCCGCGUGCGCGUUGACGGCCGCCAAGUACGAGGCCGACGCCGGGAGCUGGCGCCGCAAGCUCGAGUCGGAAUUCUCCGAGGUCCAGUGCGUCACUUUAGCAAAAUCAAAUUGCACGAGGGGCCACAGCCGUCCCGAUCUCGUCUUUGGGUGUCGCCAUGGGUGCGCGUCGGUAUGCGGGACGGGCAUCCACGCCAUCGGGCGGCUCCACGCGCUCGUCUGCGCCGGCCUGCCGGAAACGACGGCGCGGCCCUGCCUCGACGCUCUUGCGAAACGGACCGUCGGUGCGCUCUACCGCAAUGUCCAGAACAAGGUCCAAAGCCCCAUCACCUCGCUCACGCGUGCCACUCUUUCGGGUUUCGCGCGCUUCGGGACGCCGUCGCCGCUCCCCGAAUUCGAGGGCCUGAAGAUGGCGCCCUACGCGCACCCGCCGCCGCCGCCGGCCGCGCCGGCGCGCGCGCCGUGCCCCGACGACGCGGCGGCGUGGAUCGCCGCCGAGCUCGAGGCGUCGCCGUUCAGCGAGGUGGCCGCGGCGCGCACGCGCGAGGAGGCCAUCGACGGCGAGGCGCUGCGGUCCAUGGGCGAAGACGAGCUCUGCGACGUGCUCUUCCAGGGCCGCGAAUCGCGCCCGCGGCUCGCGGCGCGGAAGCUCGCGCUCCGGCUCCGGGCGCCCGGCCCGCCGCGCCGCUGGCCGUCGGCGGCGGCGCUCGACCGGGGCCUCGCGGCCUGGGGCGCCGCGGCGCCGCUCCUGCCCGAGCUCGACGGCGAGGUGCUCGCGUCGCUCGACGACGACGAGCUCGACGCGCUCCGCUGCGACUCGAAGGACGCGCUCCGCGCCGCGCGGAACCUCUGCCGCCGCGCGGUGCCGGGCUUCGACGACGCGCUGCCCCCGAAGCCCGAGACGCUCCACGAGGUCGUCGUCGUCGGGUCCACGGGCGCGGGCAAGUCGUCGCUGCUCAACGCGCUCGUCGGCGAGGCCGAGGUCCUGCCGACGAACUGCAUGCGCGCCUGCACGGCCUCCGUCGUCGCGCUCGAGUGCCUCUACGCCGCGCCGCGCGGCGCGCCCUACGAGGUCGAGGUCGCGUUCCUGAGCCGCGACGAGUGGGCCGCGGCGCUCGCGCCCCUCGCGGCGCACCGCGAACAACACGGCGCCGCGGUUCCGCCGGCGGACUCGGCCGCGGGCGCCGCGCGCGCGGCCGCGGUCGCGACGCACGGCGCGGACGCGGCGUGGCCGGCGCCCCUCGAGCACGAGCGGCUGGGGACCAUGAUCUGCUUCGGCGCGAGAGACGCGGACGAACUCCGGGACAAGCUGGACCCCUACGUCGACUCGGCGAACGACGCGUCCGCGCUCCAGCUCUGGCCCCUCGUCAAACGCGUCACCGUGCGCGGGCCCUGGGCGUGCCUCGGCGGCCUGCGCCUCGUCGACGCGCCCGGCGUCUUGGACGACAACGAGGCGCGGUCGCGCGCGGUCCGCGGCGCGCUCGCGACGGCGGACACGGUGCUCUUCGCGUCGAACGUGCGGCGCGCGGUCAACGACAAGUCCAUCUCCGACGCGCUGCCCCUGUCCCUGCGCCGCGACCUCGCGGCGAGCGGGGCCCUCGGCGCCGUCGCCCUCGUCGCGACGCAGAACGAUCUGGUGAACCGGUCGGAGAUUGUCGAGAGCCUCCGGCUCCCCGAGGCGACGUCGCGCCUCGACGCGGCGACGGCGCGCGCGGCCUUCUCGCGGGCCCGCGCGGCGGAGACCUUCUGGGAGGGCGUGCCCUGGCGCGAGCUGCCGGUGAAUUCCGGCGGGGCCUUCGACUUUCCCGUCUUCGUUGCGUCCGCGGUCGACUGUCAGAAACUGGAGAACGUAAAGACGGGAGACGGGCCGCCGUCGACCUUCGAAUCCGCGGCGGACACGGACGUGCCCCAGCUCCGCGCAUUUCUUGCGCGCGUCGCCGCGGGCGCCCGCGGCGCGAAAAAGCCCGGCGCCCUCGUCCUCGAGGCCCUCGCGCGGACCGACGCGCGCGCGCCGCCGGACGACGAGCCCGACCCAAAGCGCGCGCGGCUCACGCUCGCUGAGGGCCGCGGCCGCCCGGCGGCGCUUCUCGUCGAGGACUCCAACGGCGCGCCGGCGCGCGCGGUCACCAAAAAGCCGGCCUCUCGGCUCCCUGCGCGGGUCGCGGCGGCGGUCGCCGCGCCGCCGCCCGCAGACAAGCCGCUCAAAGGCUUCAUGCUCUUCUCCAAGGAGAUGCGGCCCAAGGUCAAGCGCGAGUUCCCCGGCCUCUCUUUCGGCGAGCUCGGCGCGAAGCUCGGCGAGCUCUGGCGAGGGCUUGAGUCCGCCGCAAAGGCGAGCUACACGGCCGGCACGGUUCCUGCGGCUGCCCCAGCUCCGCCGGCUCCUGCGCCGGCUCCGCGGCCCGCCGCGCGGCGGCCGCCGCCGCGGCCGAUCUCCGAGGACGACGACAUCAUCGACCUGACGUGA